AUGAAAAAAGACAAUGAAGAAGAGGAUAUAGAAUCAGGAGUGAAAAAAAAAAAAAAAAAUGAAGAAACUCCAAACAAUAUUAAUGUUAAUCUUAAUAUUUUGAACAAAAAAAAAAAUUUUCAUAGAAAAAAUCCAAAUGGAAAGCGACGAAAAAAAAAUAUGAUUAUUCCUUUAGAGUCAUCCUUAAAAAAUAAUAAUAACUAUUACAAUGAUCCGUAUACUAAAGUUUGUAUGAAUAAAAAUUAUGAGCAAAAUAAAAAUAUAGGUUAUAAUAACAGAAAUAUAAAAGAAAAUGAUGAAAAUUUGAUAAAAACAAAGAAAUAUAGUAAUAAACAGGCAACAACCAGUUAUAAAAAUUAUGAUGAAGAAGAAAAUUUUAUAAAGAAAAAAAAUAAAAAAGUAUUAGGAGGCAAACAAAUAAUGAAUGUAAACAUAAGAGGGAAUAGUAAGGCCUUGAUUGAACAGGAAAAUAAUAAUAAUAAUCUAGAGAUAAUAGAUAGCGAUAAAAAUGUUCGAAAAAUUAAAAUUAAAACUACAAUAAAUAGGCCUGUAGAAAGAACAAUACCGUGCAUAAGUUAUAGAAAUGACAUUUACCAAUUAAAAAUAGGAUGGUGGAAUUUGGGAAAAAAAUUUAAACUACUUUCUAACAUUGAAAAAUGUAAGGAAAAUAUUAAGGAAAAAUAUUAUAAAAAUCGAAAUAAUUGUAAAAAUAUAUCAUCUACAAUUUCUACAAAUAAAUAUUUUAAUAAAUUUUUGCCUAACGAAUAUUUAUACACACCAACAACAAAUAUAAGUUAUUUUAGAAGUAAAAAUUCAUUAAAUAUUAAAACAAAUCCAGUUAGUGAUUUUCACAAACUAAACUUAAGACCUAUUACUGGUUUUUUGCAAUCAUAUAGAAAAGAAAAAGAUCGAAUAAAUGAAUUAAACCCGCAUGCUAUAAUAAAGGUAUCGAAAUAUCCAUACAUGCAAGAUGGGUAUCAAAACGCAUUAAAUAAUAAUAAUAAGAAGAUUUCCGAAAAAAGUGGAGAAAGAAAAGAUGGGUUAAGUAUUGGUAAAGUCAAUGUUCUCAUUUCGGAUAAAAAAGAUUCAAAUUUAGAUGAUACUUUUGGUUUUUUUGCAAAAAUAUCUAAGAAUGAUAAGCAAAUAGAAGAUAGGGUCAGAAAUAAAGGCGCCCAAUCAAAUUCGAAAAAAGUUCAUAUAAAAUUGAGAAAAAGUGAAUCAAACAAUGAAACAAAUAAAAGGGAAAUAAAUGAAACAAAAAAUGAUAAUCGAAAAAAAAGAAAAAAAAAAAUGAAAAAAUGUACAAAUAUUAAGAAUCAGUCAAACAUAAUAAAAUAUAAUAAAAGGAAUUCUAGUGAUAUUUCUGAUCAUUUUCAAAAUAUCGAAAAAGUAAGAAUAAAAACAGAAAAUUUAAAUUCUUCAAACAAAAGAAUAAAUAAAAAUAUAGAAAUUACUGGAAAUUCAACAUCACCAUAUGAGUCUAAUGAAUCGAGUGAUGAGGGUUUUGUAAAAACAAGAUCAGAAGAAUUUUAUAAAUCUCCAAAAAUCGAACGAGAAGAUUUAUUUGAUGUAGGUAGAAAAAACUCAGAAGAAUUAAGCAUGUGCCAUUUAUCCAAAUCAAAUGAAUCAUAUAAGAGUAACUUAUCAAAAACAACAUACAGCUACAAAAAAAGUCCUUAUGAAAUAAGAAAAAAAAAUAAAUACAUAAAACAAAAAAUGCCACCAAAUUUUAAUAUUAAAGUUAAAUCUAAUGCUAGAAAAAACAUGAAAAAAAAAAGUCAAUACAGAUACAUAAAAUAUAAUGGAGAUAUAAUCAGUGUUAUUAGCAAUUAUAGCAGUAGUAUCGAAGAGUCAGGAAAUGUAUCUUCUGUAUAUAGACACGAAUCAGAGAAUAGAGAAAUGAAAUAUUAUAAAAAAUAUAAUAACAAAAGACAGGAUAAUAGUUGUGAAUGCAAUAAUAAUUAUGCUAAAAACAUAAGCCAACUAAGCAAUGCAAAUAUAAAAAAAAAAAUAAAAAUAUGUAGAUAUAAAAAUGAUAUAAAAAAAAAUUAUUAUAAUACACAAAGUGAUUGUUGUGUAAGUAGUGAAAAUAGGCUAAUGCAAAAUUACAAAGAAUUAAAUUAUAAUAGACAAUUAUAUCGAAAUUUUAAAAAUAGCACCAAUGAAUAUUCUUCAGAAAAUGACAGUGUAUGUAACGAAUACGUAGAUUCAAUCGAAAUGGGCAGCAAACACAAUUUAAGAAAUAGUAGUUUCUACGAGAAAAAAACAAGCAGUGAAAAAUAUAAUUAUCAAAAUCAUCAAAAUUUAGACUAUGAUAUUAAUCACAAUUAUCAGAAUAAUAAUGAUGGCCAUAAAAACAUAAAAAGGUGGGAUUCAUUCCAGUUGGAAAAAGAAUAUGAUGAAUAUUUUUGCAAGUCUUAA